AUGGCCGACUGGGCAACCUCCUCGGCGCUCGCCGCGGCGGCCGCGGUCGGCACGCUGGGGUGCGCGCGCCGCGCACUGCGUGGCCCCCGCCGCGUGGCGGCCGUGCACCUUUUCCCCUCCGCCGCGCUGCUGCUCGCCUGCCGGCCGGCCCUCGAGGCAGCGGCGGCCGCGGCUGCAGAAGCCUAUAGCGCCGGCGGCGGCGCCUCCGCGCCGCCUGGCGCCAAUUUUGAUGCAGAGCUGGACGGGCCCGAGGUGCAGAUGUGGGUCGGCGGUGCCAGCUACCUUUCUGAGCGGCACGCGGCGCGUGAGGCGCCGCCGCACCUGCUCCUUGCGACGCCGUCGCGGCUGCGGCAUCACUUGCAAGAGGGGGAGGCGCGGCGGGGCCCGCUGCUUGAUGAUUUGGAGCUGGUGGUGGUGCACAGCGCGGAUGCCUUCCUGCAGGAUGGCGGCAACUUGAGGUGUGCCAGGGAGGCGCAGCUGUGCUCGCGGCUGUUCAGGCUGCUGCUGAAGCUGCCUGCCAUGGAGCUCCACAGCCGCAAGACCCAGUCGUACCGACGGGCUGUUGUCGAGAACUUCCAUGCGCAGCGGACGGCGGUGCUGCUGGCCACGCCGCAGCUGGCAGAUGCGCUUGUCGCUCAAGCGAGCGGCGCCGCAGGCGGCAUUAGCCUCCACGUCAAGGUCGGGCUGCGGUUCGGCGCAGUGGCGCAGGUUGCGGAUGCGCUGGUGCAGCAGCAGCAGGAGCAGGAGCGUUCAGGGGGCGGACGCGUCGCCUUAGCAAUCUGGGGUCCUUUUGGCGCCCAGGGCAACAGGGGUGGCGCAAGCAGCGGCGCACCCGCUGCGCCGGCGCGGGUGCUGCUCCUGCCGGAGCAUGAGGCCGAGGCACUGGCGGCGCGCACGAAGGCAGCCCGGGGCAGCAGCACCGGCACGGUGCGCCAGCAGCAGCCCGCGCCCCAGCCGCAGUGGGGCCGCGCGGCCCCCUUGGAGGAGCAGCAGGCGCGCCUUGCGGCGCUGGCGACCACGCUCUCCGCCGGCGCCGGGGGCGCCGUCCCCUCCUUCAGCGCCGUGCGCCUGCGCGAGCUCGCCGCCCUUCAGGCGCCCGUGGAGGCGGCGCUGCGCCGCGUCCCUGCUGGCGUCAAGGCGGACGCCUACGUCUCGUGGCUGGCCCUCCACCUGCGCGCCGCGGGCGACCUGGGGUGGUCCCGCCAGGCCGUGGCGGCGGGAGCCGCGGCGUACGCACGCUUCAUCGGUGACCGGCGCAGGCUGCGUGUAUGUUGUUGA